AUGGCUGUUGUAUCCGGUGAGCAAGCAAAACGUAGAAGAUGUGGGAUUACCGAGUUGCCGGAUUGCAUUAUGGAGAAUAUAGUCUCAAAGCUAUGUCUGAAAGACGCGGUGAACACCAUCCUUGCUUCCCCUUCACAGUGGAAGCACCUUUCUCAUCAAAUACUAACAAGGCGCAAUCUUGAAUUCGACUAUCUCAACAUUUUCGGGAACAAUUACUCAACACUAUACGACAUCGACCAAGAAUUUUUUAGACGUGUGAGUAGAUAUCUGCAUCAAUAUCAAGGUGACAAGGUAGACUCUUUCAAAUUGCGAUGUCGUCUUCGUCAUGCAGAACGUGUCAUCCUUAAUGAAUGGAUUGGUUUUGCAUUUUCAAAAGGGAUUGAAGAGCUUCAUCUUGCAUUUGGUUGUUUUGGGGGACGAACUAAACAUUAUGUUUUCCCUCAGAGUUUGCAUGUUGGCUCUACUUUGAAUCUAAAACAUUUGUUAUUGAAGGACUGCAUUUUAAAACAUCCUACUUCUGAAUUUGACGCGUUCAAUCGGCUCACUACUCUUUCCCUCAAGAACGGUUCCAUUGAUCAAUCUCUUAUGGCAAAUCUCUUCUCUGUUUGUGUGUUACUCGAAAGCCUGACUUUAAGAUGGUGCCGGAUGGCAGCUGGUAGAUAUUAUAUGAAUGGUGCUGCGGAUUCCAUAGUUGCUGGUAAUCGUCUAACUCAUCUGAAAUUGAUAGAUUGUGAGGAGAGAACCUGCAGAACGGAGAUAUCCGCACUGAAUCUCGUCUCAUUGGAAUAUAUGCCAUCAUCGAACUGUAGGUUUUUUUCCAUAAAAGCUCCACGGGUGUCCAGAAUUUUUUUCUCAAAUAAAAGAGUAAAGUAUACAUUAUUACCUCAAGCACUAAUCAAGUUUGAGUCGUGUCCCGGGCUUGAGGCUCUUCAUCUGCAGAUACUGGCGGAACUACCCCGAAUUAGCAGCAUACCAACUUAUGGAUAUCUCAAGCAACUCAGAUUGGAUAUUGACCUUCAUCGAGAAAAUAGGCAAGACAGUGACGACGUCGAUGUGAAUGUUGUGCUGGAUCUGAUCAAGGCUGCACCUCUUCUGGAAGAGCUUGUAAUACUGAUAUAUGGAGGAAAACUGUCUGAGACUAAUCCAAGACAGACGAAGGAUCAUUCUACAUUCACAAAUGAUCAUUUGAGAAUGGUUGAGAUUCAGGGAUUCAGAGGUAAUUGGUACGACACAGAGUUGGCAAUUUGUAUCCUGGAGAUUUCACCAAAGCUCGAGAAGCUGGUGAUCGAUCAGCUUGUAAGUAGAUAUUUGGGUGAUGGAAAGUACUACGACCCCUGGCGCGAACAUCUCAGGGAAGAAGUAUUGGAAGGAAAACUCAAGGGAUUAAUAUUAAAGACUGAUGCUCAGAUCAUAUUAAAGAAUGUUCAGUUAUGA